AUGAAGUUCCUCCCACUUCCAGACUUCGAGGACGUGACGAGCUCUCUAAAUUUCGAUACGACCGACUGCCAUAUCGUCGGCGGCUGUGAUAUUUACACCACCAAGGCGGCACGCUCUGAUCGGAAACUCUACAACCAUAUCGAACAGUCGCUCGAGGCUCAAUAUGAAUCGGUCCUUCGUUUUUCGGCUUCACUUUCACCUCCUAAUGCACACGAUGCCGCCGAGGCCCUCAAUCUAUCGCGUUCCAGCCCGUUCGGACCCCUGAGCGACCAUUCGAGUCGACGGACCUUUGCCUAUCUGAUCGCUACUCUGAACGCAAGUCACCCGGAUUAUGACUUCUCACACGUCCUACGCCCCACUGAUUUCCGACGCGAACGGAAUUUGAAACGCGUCAUGAACACGGUCGACUCAACGCUGCUCAACCUGCGACCGCGCGAGAACAUCAACUUAUCACCGGCAUCCCCUGCGACGCUUUCUGGAUCAUACACAGCAGGAUCAUCUUCUGCCUGGGGCCCACGGGUGUGGAAAACGAUAGAUGAACACAUGUCGCUCAAGGAGUGUUCGAUCUACUCAUAUUCACCGGAGGAGGACCCUUCCGAUGCCGAUGACGGAGCUAUCUGGAGUCUACAUUUCUUCUUCUUCAACCCGAUUCGCAAGCGCGUUUGUUACAUCUUCCUACGCGCGAUUCCUAUACUCAGCCACACCCCAGACGAGAUGGCGACUACGCCUACCGGGAAGCGGACCUACGACGACGGAUACCUCACACCGGAUCUCAGCUCUAGCAAGCGUGCCAAGUUUUGGUUUGGAGAACGCGCUAGAUCGAACCUUAUCUCCAGCGACAGUGAUGAUGAGAUGGACCGCCCUCCGAAGACGAUUCGGACGACCGAUGACUACGACACUUAUGUGAUCAGUGACGACGAGGAGAAUAUGCCAACCAACCGUCGGGGAGUCCGCGCGAUGAGUGAAGAAAUUGCGGACUCGAUGGAGGUCUAG